UUACAGUUCUAGCGAAACGAAAUUAAGCGCAUAGUUUUGAUAUCGGAACUCCAGUCAAAUAUCCACGAGAGGAUCGAGAGGGCAUCCGGAUUCAUGCUGUGGUUAAACGACCACAAGUUGCUCUGUUCAGACCUCAAGUAAUGGAAGACAAUGUCUAUGCAAUGAAGAAUUUCAUGGUACUCGACAACUACCAGUUGUACGAAACUACCUCUCACCCUUACAUCUUGGAGUUUGUGAGCAGGACAAAGGUGGUUCACUCGGAUAAGGAGUUUCCUAACUUCAUGUAUGACCUGCAGCCAUUUGAGAUGCUGCAAGCUCAAAGGGUGCUUAACGACAGGCUGCUAAUAGAUGUCAUUGGAAAGGUUGUGGGGCGUUGUGCACCACACACCCAUGUCAUCAACAACCGCACUAAGAGGCUGAUGGAACUCACCCUAGAAGAUUCUGAGUACACAUUGAUUAUAUAAGUUCCAUGUUAUUUCAAAACGUAAAUAAAUCAGUCUUAAUUUCUCUUAAUAUUGCAGCGGGAACAGAAUCGGUUGUACAUUGUGGAACGACUACAUUACUGACUUUAAUGACUAGGUGAACCAAGCUCAAAAUGAGACCAUCUUCAUGAUUGUUCAACUCUGCAGGCC